AUGUCACAAUUAGUAUCCCACACCUACCUCUUCGGCGGAGACCAACCCUGGUCCCCAACCGACUGGACCUCCUCCGACGACCGCGUCCGCGGCGGCGCCUCCCACUCCAGCCUCACCAUCACACCCACCAACACCGCCUUCUUCCACGGCCACCUCGACAUCACGGCCCUCGGCGGCGCGGGGUUCGCCUCGCAGCGCACCACGGACAACCGCACCUGGGAUCUAUCGGGGUACGACGGGCUCGCGCUGCGCAUCAACGGGUCGGACGGGCAGCGGUACACGCUGACGCUGAAGGACGAGGUUCUGCCGAAGCGGGCCGACGGGCGCGAGCAGAGCACGCUGAGCUGGGAGUAUGAUUUUCGGCCUUCCGCGGGGAUUGCGGGAGGGGAGGAGAGGGUUUUGGUGAAGUGGGCGGAUCUGAAGGCUACGUAUCGCGGGCGGGAGAAGGAGGAUGCGGAGCCGUUGGAUUUGAGUCGGGUGAAGAGGAUUAGUAUUAUGAUUCGGAGCUUCUUCGGGACGCAGGAGGGAGACUUUGAGCUGGGGAUUGACUCCAUUGCGGCGUUUCGGACGGAACGGUAUACAGAUGCGACUGCCGAGGAUCGCGAGGAGUGGGAUUCCGACGGUCUGAAUGAGAAGUGGACGGGUCCGUCGAGGAGGAGUGGAUGGAGGUGGUUACUGGGGUGUUGUGGACUGUAG